CAUAAAUAUGAAAUUUUAAUUUUUUUAGUUUUGGAGCUGCGUGUUUUAUUAUAGAUGCGCAGAAUUUUCAUAUAUUCUGGAAUUAGAGAGGUUUCUUUUCGUUGAGAUUUUUUUUAUUGGGUGAAAAUAUUUUCCGCUUAUUAAGCAUUGGUUAAACACGACCUUUAACGAUAGAAGUAGAUUAAGCGAAGCAUAAAAUUAUAACCGAAACAUUUAUUGAUACUUUAUUGCGCAUACUUUUUUAACCAACAUAUCAAAACGUUCAUUUCGCACAGAUGAGCAAACAAUUAAGUGAAUAAUUCGUUUUAAACGUUUUCAAACAAGAUACUGAACUGUUGAGUGAAGCUGAAAAAUUUCUGUUUGUAUGGUUGCAAGAAAAGAAAUGUUUUAAAGCAACAACAAUGGAAAACGCAGGACGUUAACCAACAGAACAUAAUUUCAACGAAAACUUUUUUAUUACUUUUAUACCUAUAUACCUAUGAAGAAAAUGCAUCGUCAGCGUUUAUUAUUGGAAACAAUUGCUUUAUUUCUUGUUUUGUUUAUACAAAGAGCAGCUUCAAAAUAUACGGACCGAUAUUACGAGCUACAUAACAUACACAGGUCAAUGAAACAAAGAGAUCUGUCUCGCAUAUUUGGUGUGGACAAUAGACAAAAAGUGCCAGAGUAUCAAGUCAUCACGCCGCAUUUCGACGGACUCUUUUCAAAUACAUUUACACGGACGAGAAGAGAAGCACGUGACCAUACAGAACAGCCAGUCAACUUUAAUUUUGGUUUAACAGCAUUUAAUAUUGACUUUCAUUUAAAUUUAUCAAUGAACAAAGACUUAUUAGGACCAAAUUUCAAAAUAGAAAUAAAAGGUAAAAACAGUACAGUUGAAAAGAAAGCAAAAAAACGUUGUCAUUAUACAGGCAAGGUGCAUGGUGUUAAAGAUUCAGUAGCUGCUGUUAGUACUUGUAAAGGUCUGAGUGGAAUGUUUAUGGUAAAAGAUCAUGAUUAUUUCAUCGAACCAGUACCAGACUAUCUACAUAACGUUCAUACAGUGGAUACAGACUACAAAAAACCGCAUAUUAUAUACCGCAGAUCAAUAGAAGAAACCGAAAUGUUUCAUGAAACUCCUAGCGAGACUUUUAAUCGACUGUGGUAUAGAGAUCGCAGGUCGUGCGGAACUCAACAUGAUCCUCACCUAAAGUUUAAACGGUCCGAGGAGGAUGAAUCUCCCGCCGCUUUUGGCGACAAUGCAGAAAGAUAUAUUGAAGCCUUGGUUGUUGUUGAUCAAAAGAUGGUCAAUUACCACGGAGAAGAUGCAGCCUCGCAAUUUGCUCUUGUUGUGUUAAACAUGGUUGCUAGCCUAUUAAGAGAUGGAAGUAUUGGCUCUAAUCUCAUAAUAUUAGUGGUCGUUAAGUUGGAGCUGCACACGGUGGAUGUGGCGGGACUUGUGAUUAAUCACCAUGCACGGAACACACUGCAAGCUUUUGGUGAAUGGGCCCAGCGCUCUAGUGAUCAGGAUGAUAGAUCCGACGACCAUUAUGAUUAUGCAAUUCUUUUAACACGAUACAACAUUUGUGCUGACGACAAACAACCAUGUGACAUGUUAGGACUGACGCAAACUGGAGGAAUGUGUAACUGGCCAUAUUCUGCUUCUGUGAACGAAGACAAUGGUUUGCCACUUGUAUAUACCGUCACACACUCAAUAGGUCACAGUUUAGGCAUGAAUCAUGACGGGGGAGAAAGUUCAGAGAUUUGUCCAGACAACACCUUUAUUAUGAGUUCAACCAUAUCCCCGGAUUACAAAAACACGAGAAAUAUAUGGUCUAGAUGCAGUCGAAAUUACUUGAAGCAAUUUCUCAAAAAACCUCAAGCACAUUGUUUGCUCGAUGUGCCAGACCAAUCACGUGAUGUUGACUAUCAAAAACUGGACAGUCGUCCAGGCUUGUUGUAUGACGUCAAAAAACAAUGCGAAAUGCAAUUUGGGACUGGUUCAACAAUUUGUGACAAAGAUAAGACUGAGAACAUAUGUACCAAGUUAUCAUGCACGAAUCCUUUAAAUACAGAUAAAUGUUUUACCAGUGUCUAUCCUGCAUCCGAUGGAACACCAUGCGGACCAUCUAAGGAAUGCUUCAGAGGAAAAUGUCUCAAAAGAAAUGAAAUAAAACCGACAGAUGGCACAUGGGGAUCUUGGGCGGACAAUUAUUCACCUUGUUCUAGAAGUUGCGGCGGAGGAGUACAAUAUCGCAUACGUCACUGCAAUCAUCCAAAGCCAAGUGAUGGAGGAAAAUAUUGCGAAGGCGAGCCAAGAAAAUUCAGAUUAUGUAACAAGGAGCCCUGCACAAACAGUUUGAUGACACACAGAAACACACAGUGUGUCCUUCUUAAUAACCGUUUGUUUGGAGAGAAAAAGUUUGAAUGGGAAUUUAAACCUUCGAAAAUAGAUUCUUGCAAACUGGGUUGUUUUAUUACUGGGACACAACACGGUUACGAUUUCGGAAAUGUUGUGGAUGGAACGAAUUGCGAUCAAAUGGAUGACAGUGUAGUGGCUGACAAAUGUAUCAACGGACAAUGUGUUACUGUUGGCUGUGAUGGUGAGCUUGGUUCUCAUGCUAAAUUCGAUCGCUGUGGCGUUUGCAAUGGCGAUGGUUCAACUUGUACUACUGGAGAGGAACGAUCAAAGAUACCGCAGGGCGCCGUUGGUACGGGCGGUAUAGUAGAUGCAUUAAAAUCUUUAAAAGACAUGGGAUUUGAUAUGGGCUCGUUGUAUGGGAAAUCAACAUUAGAUUUAAGCUCAAAAAGGUCUGGUAUUCCAGGCAAAGAUGUUGUUAGUGAUUUUGGAUGGGCGAGGAUAAAAUCAGGUUGCUCUGUUUCUUGCGGCGGAGGCAUAGAAUCGAUUACAGCUGAAUGCAGGAGACUUGAUGAUGGAUCACCUGUAGUAGAAGAAAAGUGUGCAAAAGAUCAAAAACCUCCAACGCAGCAAUACCCUUGUAAAGAAGAUGCUUGCCCACCUUCAUGGCAAACAUCGUACUGGGGAGAUUGCAGUAAAACAUGCAAUGGAGGAGUAAAGAAAAGAAACGUCAGAUGUGUACAGAAGGCUGGUACAGGGAUCGAGUAUGACAUUGAUGGAAGUCUUUGCACGUCUACGCGACCAUCCGAUAUUGAAGGGUGCAAUAAAGAGCCUUGUCCAUCAGAAUGGAUAGCUCAACCCUUUGGAGAGUGUUCCACAAUAUGUGGACCAGGUGUACAAGUACGCGACGUAUUAUGCCAGAAGACGUUGAAAGAUGGUUCUAUAUCAACAGAAGAUGAAAGCGAGUGCAGAAAAGAAACAAAGCCACCAACAGAACAAAAAUGCAACGCACAUAAUCCUUGCCCUGGAGAUGCUGGUUGUGGUGGUAUAUACACAGACGAACGAGGAAAUUUCACAUCGCCUGGCUAUCCUAAUGAUUAUCCAAACAAUAUGGAAUGCGUCCAUAUCAUUCAAGUUCCAGAAGGGAAAGUUAUACAACUUCAAUUUGAUAAGAUGAGUGUGGUUGCACCUGACGACAAAGAAUGUAAAAACGACUUUGUAAAAGUGAUGGAUGGUGACUGCGUAUCCAGGCUAGGUGAAAGUAAGUUUUGUGGGAAAUCCAUCCCACCGCCAUUUACCUCCACGACGAAUCGAUUGUGUGUAAAAUUUUUCUCUGAUGAUUCUCAAAACGAUGAAGGUUUUAUUGCAAAAUAUCACGCAGUGGAUAAACCCGCACAGAGUCAAGAUAUAUGUGGCUCUAACAUUACGGCACCGGCAGGGUUAAUAUCAUCUCCAAAUUAUCCAGAAUACUAUCCUCCGAAUGAAGAUUGUAACAUUACGAUCACUACAGAGGAAAAACCAAUCAAAAUAACUUUUCAUGCUUUUGAUGUUGGAAGUGAUGAUUGCAGCACCGACUUUGUUUAUUUAACUGACGGUCAGGAAAAUAAAAAAUAUUGCGGACAAAAAAUUCCACCAAGUUACACAUCAAAACAAAAUCCCAUUACCGUUAGAUUUGUAUCGACAAACCAUGCAGCGACGUUAAAACCCGGCUUCGUAGCAACAUAUACCUCUGGAAUGGGACAAGAUUCUUCAGCAAAUAGCAGGCAGAAAAUAUCAAAAACUGAAGACGACGACAAAAAAGAAAGUGCUAAAUUACCAACUCCACAAAACCAAACAGAAAUACCGCCAGAAAAUCAUAACAAAACUGAAAAAGACAUGGAAGACAUGAAAAAUGAAGCCAAAAAACCAACACAAGGGAACGAACAAAAGAAAGAUCUUAUUCCUGAAAUAGCAGCUCCAUCACCAUCACCAGAUUCAUCGUCAAAAGUUUCGUUUGUGAACGUCCAACCAGCUCGUGUGGAUGAAAUUGCUAAAGAAGUUAUCGACAAAAAGAAAGAGUCAGAAUUAAGUCCAGAGCGGAAGGCUUACUUAAAUGCAAUAAAAGAUGAUACUCCAGCAUGGAUACCUGAAGCAGAGGACUAUACAACUCGGCGGUCUAACAUUGCACGACCUCCAGCUCCUGUUGUUACACACCAUACAGAGUCCACACAUGCUGUAACAAAUAUCGCACCAAACUACAUCAGCCGCGAUCGAAAAUCGUCUAUACAGAAAGUGGUCCCAGUUUAUGAGCAUAAUUUGGAUGGACAGAGAGGAACAUGUCCAAAAGUGGAAGACUUAAAAUGUAUCCGUGUGUUACUCUCAUAUCCAUGUAAAAGCGAUUUUGACUGCAGAUCUGGUUUCGCAUGCUGCAGUACGUCGUGUUCAUACGGAGUAAAAAUGUGUACUCCGAAAGUUACGAGACAUUGUCCAUUGAGGGAUCCGUUUUACUCUCCCCAUAUAGCGUGUCAGGUUGAAACUGACUGUCCCAAGAACAGUCCGUGUUGUCUUGACAUGAGCAAUCGAAGAUAUUGCAGACACAUGUUGCAAGACACAUGGAAACAAUAAAAACCGACAUUAAAAAAGAAAAUUCAGUAAAAUAUAUAUUUUUUAUAAAACAAUGACUUAGAGCUCAGUUCGUUCAAAAUUAGGCUGAUACCACUUUUAUAAGAUCAAGCACAACGUUAGAAAAGAUCGUGCAUAAAGACAAUGUUUAGAAGAAUGUACUGGGUUCUAAGUUGUUUUUAUAUACUGUAAAUAUACACACGACUUGAACACGAUUGUGACGUGCUAUGUAAAAGUUCGACAGUGACUUUUUUGAAUGUAAAUACAAUUUAACAGAAACCCCACAAGACAA